AUAAGCGAGCUAAAGUAUCAGUUGAUUUUUAAACUUUGAAUACCUUCACGUAUAUAACAAAAAUUUGUUAAAUAAUUAAUAUAUGUGGUAUGUAAGACUUUCUUUAAACAUAUCAUCAAAUAUGAAUACAAUUGUGGCAGGAUUACUUUUAAUAUUUGUUGCUGCAACCACUGCGGCAAAUUUGCCCGAAACCUUCAUAUCAUGCAAGAAAUCUGAUCCAAAAUGGAUAGAAUGCUUAGGAGAUGCUUCAAUUGAUGCAGUUAGAAAAUUAGGGAAAGGUUUAAAAGCAUAUAAAAUAUUGCCACUGGACCCGCUUAAAAUUAGCGGUAUUUCAAUCGGCGAAGCAGGCGGAUCUGUGUCUGUUAAACAAGAAUAUAAAAAUGUUGAAGUUCAUGGUCUCACGAAAAAUUUAGAAAAACGAAAUUUCAAUUUCGAUUGGGACAAACUUAUACUUUCAAUUGAAGCAUACAACCCUCAAGUUGAUUUUGUAGGAAAGUAUAAAGUUGAAGGAAAAGUUUUAUUAUUACCAAUAAGAGGUUCCGGAGACUCCAACAUUACUAUGUUGAAUCUGAUUACUAGGGUCAAUUUACAAUUUGAAAAAUAUACAAAAAAUGGAGAGGAAUAUGCGAAAAUAAAAACUUUUAAAGUCAAAUUUAUACCAGAAAAAGUUCAUUUAAUCUUUAAAAAUCUUUUCGAUGGAGAUCCAGUCUUAGCUCCACCAAUGGAAAAAUUCUUGGAUGAGAAUUCAGAUAUAUUAUUUAAAGAACUUCAAUCUUCAUAUGAAACUAGUUUUGGUUUAGUUUUCAAACAAAUAGGAAAUGAAUUAUUUAGUCGAGUAACAUUGAAAGAAAUAUUUCCAGAAUGAUUUUUUAAGACAAGUUUAAAUAUUAGUCAAAGAUUUAUAUAUAUAUAUAUAUAUAUAUAUAUAUAUAUAUAUAUAUAUAUAUAUAUAUAUAAAAUUUGCAUGU